AGCAGUUUAUGGGAAUAGACGAUGUCAAUGUACUCUCCUUAUGAUCCCAUAAUGGAAGGGGAGUGUGGCCAAAUUGCCACGUCUGCUGUUCUCAUUCCUCUGUUGCUUCUGUGGAAAGUUGCAAAUCAUCCUCUGAUCCACAGCAUCCAACUGGAAUUUAAAUUUCAGAACUGGAUCUAGUUGGAAUCAAAGAGAAUUAAUUCCAUAAUAAUUAGGUGGGUGUUGGUAUUCCUUCUCAGUAAGCCUUACAGAAGCUUGGUGCAGAGCCAAGUGGCUCCUGGGAGGCUGUGUCUCCAGGGGAGGCAAUAUUUUCCAGUGGACGGGCCUUUCAUUACCAAGCUCUGCCUCACCUCUAAUGGGUCAACCGCAGGGCUUCCACGAACUCAGGAAAGUGCUCUGUGUUCUAAAAAAAAGGCUGGAAUCCAUGCUUUCCCCUUGGGCUACAAGUGAAACAAUAACAGGAACUUCUCCACCCACCUCUGUCUGCCUCAGGUAGUUGAGGUUUUGGAAGUGAGUUGAUUGUUUUUCAGUCUUAGGAAGAUCCUGAUCUCUCUUUUAUCCAGCCCCCUCCAAAACAAACAUACCUGGGCCUGUGUGGGUCCUCAGAGGCACAGCCCUGGCUGUUGGCUUUGGCACGUCCCUGACUCCCUAAGAGAAGACGUGGAUGCCCCAUCCACGAAAUAGCACAGACCUCCCACAGAUAGUUCUCCUAAGCCCUUUGCUGGGCAUAGGGGAAUGGGGGCAAAUAAUUCUCAUAGGAGUUGGAUUCUCAUCACCUAGAACAGAGCCUGGCAAGAGGUGGGAACUCAAUGGGAUCAUAUGUUUGUGGAAUAAAUGAGUGUGUGUCACAUGACUCCAGUUUGCAGGCCAGCUUGUCACUGUUCUCUCUCCAGGCAAAUACCCCCUUGACCUUCAACCUUCUUCCCUUCUGAAGUUUUGCAGCUCAAUUCCGCCAAUAUUUUUUGAACUGGGGGUUUAGAAAAGUAAAGAAGGCACAAUCUACUAACUAUUAAAUACUGAGUAGUUAAAAAAAAUGCAGACCUGGGAUCAAGUCCUACUUCUCCAUUUAUCUUUUUUCUGUUUCCCCAGACAGAGUCUCUCUGUUGCCCAGGCUGGAGUGCAGUGGUGCAAACACAGCUCAUUGCAGCCUUGACCUCCUGGGCUCAAGCAAUCCUCCCACCUUGGCCUCUGGAGUGGCUAGACUCCAGACACAUGCCACCAUGCCUGGCUAAUUUUUUAAAACUAUGUUUUGUAGAGAUAGGGUCUCACUAUGUUGUCCAGGCUGGUUUCGAACUCCUAGGCUCAAGUGGCCCUCCUCCCUGCCUCCCAAAGUGCUGGGAUUAUAGGCGUGAGUCACUGCGCCUGGGCUCCAUUUAUCUUUUUGAUAACAGGAAGGUCACUUAACGUCUCUGAGCCUACAGCUCCUCAUUAUAAAUGGGUAAUAGUAUCUAUCUCAAAAGAUUGUGGUGAAAAUGAAAUAACACAUAUUACUUAGCACAAUGUCUGGCACCUAGUAAGCACUCAAUACAUGAUAAUAAUAACUACUAACAUUGGAUUCAUGCUAGGCACUAUUCUAGGUGCUGAGGUUAGAGGACUACAUAAGAAAAUGACAAUUCUACAAUAUACAUGUAAACAAACUGGACAAUUCAACUAGUGACACAUAUCAUGAACAAAUAAGAUAGAUGAUGGGAAUGCGUGGGGGGCAGUGUCAAGAAACUCCCCCCCUACUAGAACACCUAGUGUUCUAGGUGAUGAGAAAUCCCUCCCCACCCCCAACUCAGUGAUAUCUGAACUGAGACCUGGAUGAUAAGGAGAAGCCAACCAGUGAAAAGUCAAGGGAAGAAUAUCCCAGACAGAGGGAAGGGCUAGUCCAGAGACCUGGAGGCAGGAAUGUGCAGGCAGUCAGAGACCAGCCAAAGCCAACAUCCAGGCAUGAGCUCUGUACAUUCCAGGAGUGGCACAACCAGGCCGGCAUGGCUGGAAUGAGGCAAGGAGGACAGCAACAGCAAGAAAUGAGGCUGGAGAUGCUGGUAUGUGUGACCAUGAAUGUCAUUAGGAUGAGUUUAGCUUUUAUUAUAAGAGUGAUGGGAAGUCCCCAGGGAGUUGAAGCCAAGGAAUAAGAUAACCACUCUGGCUGCCUGUGGAGAAAAUGAAGUGUGGGGAGAAGAGUGAGAGCAGGAACAUUGGUCAGUCGGCUAUUGUAGUGAUCCAGGCACGGAUGAUAGUGUCUUGGACUACAGUGAUAGUGAGAACAGGGAGAAAAGAGCAGAUGUGUACAUGUUUGAAUCAGAGCAAAUGGAGAUGAGGGAGGUGAGGCAGUGUGUGAAGAAAAAAAGGACACACAGGAAUGAUCUUAGGUUUUCAGCCUGAGAGACUGGGUGGAUUUUCUGAGAUGGAGAGGAAUGGGUUUUGGGGAAAACACCAAAAGAAAACUCUUAUACAAGGCAGGCUGGAAUACCACACAGUGACAGUACCAAGUGCAAAGGGGGAGUGGCAAGAGAGAGUGGCUAACUCUGGAGCUAAGGGGAAUGUGGGAGGGUUAGGUGGAGAAUGGAAUUGGAACUGAGCCUUGCAGGACUGGAGAUGGGAGGGCUGCUGGUCCGGGUGAAAGGAGUGGUUUGAACCUAAGUUUGGGGCAUGAGCAGGUACAAUAAGCUCAUUUUCAAAUUUACACAUUUGUUCCUGUCAGCUAAGAAAACUGAAAUUUAGAAAGGUCAAAUAACUUGCCAAAAUAAAAUGUGGUAGAUAUACACCGUGGAAUACUAUGCAGCCAUAAAAAAGGAACAAGAUCCUGUCCUUUGCAGGGACGUGGAUGGAACUGGAAGCCAUUAUCCUCGGCAAACUAACAGAGAAACAGAAAACCAAACACCGCAUAUUACCACUUAUAAGUGGGAGCUGAAUGAGGACAGCACAUACACACACUGGGGUCUGUUGGAGCGUAGAGUGAGGUGGGAGGAGGGAGAGCAUCAGGAAGAAUAGCUAAUGGAUGCUGGGCUUAAUACUUAGGUGAUGGGAUGAUCUGUGCGACAAACCACCAUGGCACACAUUUACCUAUGUAACAAACCACAUCCUGCUCAUAUACCCCGAUCUUAAAAUAAAAGUUGGAAAUUAAAAACAAGCAAAAAAACUUGCCUAAGGUGAUACAGUCAGAAAGUGAUAAAACAAAGAUCCUCCCUCCAAAGCAGAAGUGCUGAAUGGUGGAACUGAGCACAGAAAUACAGAGCAGCAGAAGGGGCCGGAAGAUUGGAAAGUUGAGGUUGGGCCAGAUUCUGAAGGGCCUGGAGUGCCAGUAUGAAGAGACUGGACCUUAUUUUGUAGGCAUGGAUGAAGAGCAUCCAUUGUAGGCUGUGCAAUGGGCAAGUGGCACGAUCAGCAUUGUGAUUUUGGAAAGUGCACUUGGUUAGAUAGAUGGGCUAGACUGGAUAACACUUCAUAACAUUUAUUCAUUUAUUUUAAUAAUCGUGUCCGUCGCUAUACUAGGUACUGGAGUUAUAAUGACAAGCAAAAACAGACAAAAUCCUAGCCCACAUGGAAGAACUUGACAAAGUAAUCAAAUAAGCACACAAAUAGUGUAGAAACGGAACACUGAGUGGCAAGUACGUGGUGCUGAGAUCACUCAGUUGCCAGGAUUUGACCUACGAUGGGGACCGACCUAGAAUUCCCUGCUGAGAACUGGACAUCCAUUGACCCCGGUUCUAGGCCAUCCACUGUGAGCUAGGGCAAGUCAAUUGCCUCUCUGCACCUCAGUUUCCCCAUUUAUGAAGAAAGAGGCACUAGAUAAUUCAAUUUUCCUCCAACUCUAACGAUCUGGGUUUUUUUUCUCCCAAGACCACAGAUCUGUAUCCCACUACAAGGGUACUAACUGGUACCCAGUAUCCUGACAUUAGAGGAGUAAUUCCGCCACCGCCUCUCCCUACUGGGAAGAGUCGGUCGGUUCCCCGUUGUCAGGGCAACCGCCUGGCCACCGCCCCUCCUCUCCUUUCCUGCGGCUCCUCUGCGGAAACUCAGGGGGCUACGCCAGCAAUUACGUCACUAUCAUGCGUCCCACUUGCCAGGUUACAACAUGGCUACCACAGCAACACCCCACCCAGGCUUCUCACUAAAUAUCCCAACCUGACCACCGCUUGGGCCCACUCCACCUCAGGAAAAGGAGGAACAUUAGCGCCGGUACAGCCGCCAAGACUUCCGGAAGCUCCAUCAAUCACUUAGCUCUCCUGGUCUCUCGGGUAGGCAUCCGCCCCCCGCUCCCAUCGUCACUUCCGUUGGCCGACAGCGCCCAAGAUUGACAGGCGCGGACGUCCAGUCAGAUGCGGGCCCAGCCACAAAGCCGAAACGAGGGGCGGGUUUGAGAGCGGAAAGCCCCACCCCUUGCCUGCGUGUGACGUCAGAAUCGCCAUGGCCAGCUAUCCGUACCGGCAGGGCUGCCCAGGAGCUGCGGGACAAGCACCAGGAGCCCCUCCGGGUAGCUACUACCCUGGACCCCCCAAUAGUGGAGGGCAGUAUGGUAGUGGGCUACCCCCUGGUGGUGGUUAUGGGGGUCCUGCCCCUGGAGGGCCUUAUGGACCACCAGCUGGUGGAGGGCCCUAUGGACACCCCAAUCCUGGGAUGUUCCCCUCUGGAACUCCAGGAGGACCAUAUGGCGGUGCAGCUCCAGGGGGCCCCUAUGGUCAGCCACCUCCAAGUUCCUACGGUGCCCAGCAGCCUGGGCUUUAUGGACAGGGUGGCACCCCUCCCAAUGUGGAUCCUGAGGCCUACUCCUGGUUCCAGUCGGUGGACUCAGAUCACAGUGGCUAUAUCUCCAUGAAGGAGCUAAAGCAGGCCCUGGUCAACUGCAAUUGGUCCUCAUUCAAUGAUGAGACCUGCCUCAUGAUGAUAAACAUGUUUGACAAGACCAAGUCAGGCCGCAUCGAUGUCUACGGCUUCUCAGCCCUGUGGAAAUUCAUCCAGCAGUGGAGGAACCUCUUCCAGCAGUAUGACCGGGACCACUCAGGCUCCAUUAGCUACACAGAGCUGCAGCAAGCUCUGUCCCAAAUGGGCUACAACCUGAGCCCCCAGUUCACCCAGCUUCUGGUCUCCCGCUACUGCCCACGCUCUGCCAAUCCUGCCAUGCAGCUUGACCGCUUCAUCCAGGUGUGCACCCAGCUGCAGGUGCUGACAGAGGCCUUCCGGGAGAAGGACACAGCUGUACAAGGCAACAUUCGGCUCAGCUUCGAGGACUUCGUCACCAUGACAGCUUCUCGGAUGCUAUGACCCAGCCAUCUGUGGAGAGUGGAGUGCACCAGGGACCUUUCCUGGCUUCUUAGAGUGAGAGAAGUAUGUGGACAUCUCUUCUUUUCCUGUCCCUCUAGAAGAACAUUCUCCCUUGCUUGAUGCAACACUGUUCCAAAAGGGGGUUGAGAGUCCUGCAUCAUAGCCACCAAAUAGUGAGGACGGGGCUGAGGCCACACAGGUAGGGGCCUGAUGGAGGAGAGGAUGGAAGUUGAAUGUCCUGAUGGCCAUGAACAGUUGAGUGGCACAGCCUGGUACCAGGAGCAGGCCCUUGGAAUGGAGUUAGUGUCCAGUCAGCUGAGCUCCACCCUGAUGCCAGUGGUGAGUGUUCAUCGGCCGUUACUGUUAGUACCUGUGUUCCCUCACCAGGCCAUCCUGUCACACGAGCCCAUUUUCUCUGAAGUGGAAUCUGACCAAGCAUGAGAGAGAUCUGCCUAUGGGACCAGUGGCUUGGAUUCCGCCAUACCCAUAAAUCCUUGUGUGUUAACUUCUAGCUGCCUGGGGCUGGCCCUGCUCAGACAAGUCUGCUCCCUGGGCAUCUUUGGCCAGGCUUCUGCCCUCUGCAGCUGGGACCCCUCACUUGCCUGCCAUGCUCUGCUUGGCUUCAGUCUCCAGGAGACAGUGGUCACCUCUCCCUGCCAAUACUUUUUUUACUUUGCAUUUUUUUUUCAUUUGGGGCCAAAAGUCCAGUGAAAUUGUAAGCUUCAAUAAAAGGAUGAAACUCUGGA